AUGGAAGAAAAUGAUAAACAACAAGAUGAUUCAUCGGUUAGUCAUACUGAUCAGUCUAUACGUCGAUCAGCACGACCUCGAAAAUCGACAACAAUGGAACUAACACCAAAAGCUCAGUCACAGAUAUCUCAUGCUAAAAAGAAACGAUCAAUGAAUGGUAAAACAAAAACAUCCAAUAAUUCUUUAAAUCCUGCUAAAUCUAGUCGUUCUCGUCGUCGACGUAAGACAACUUCUCGACGAAAUAUAGACGAUGAUUUAUGUUUAUCAAGUUCAAGUUCCGAUGAACAUAUUGAUUAUUUAUCUGAUUAUGAUUCUGAUGAUUAUCUUCCGAAUUUAACUGAACUUGAACGUGAUGAAAAUUUUUUUCUACUUGAUGAAGAUAAUAAUCCAACUGGUGAAGAAUUACGUACAGCUAAAACAGCUCAAGCAUCAACAAUAAUAACAGCUUGUAAUGUUUGUUCAAAAAGUGAUCGUCCAGAAGUCUUAUUAUUAUGUGAUGAUUGCGAUGAUGCUUAUCAUUUGGAAUGUUUACGUCCUAUACUUUUAUCUGUACCUGAUGGUGAUUGGUUUUGUCCAUUAUGUGAACAUAGAAAAUUAUCAAAUUAUUUAAUAGAAAAAUUAAAAGAUUUAUUAAUUAAUUUUAAUCUUAUUGAAACAAAACGUUUAGAACGUGAUUCAAAAAAAUCACUUCAACGAAAAUUAAAAAUUAAAGAAUAUACAAGUGAUGAAAGUAUAACAGCAUCAGAAUCUGAACAUGAAAAUCUCGAAAAUACUCUUCAUGGUGAUGAAUCAAUGCUAUCAAUAAGUCAAACAAAUGAAAAUAGUAAUAUUUCAUCAUCUUAUUUUGAUGAUUCAAAUAAAAAUAUUAGUCAACGUGGUCGACGUCGACGUACACGUUUUGAUAUGAAUAAAAUGCUUAAUGAUGAAGAUGAUGAAGAUAAUGAUAAGGACGAUGAUCAUGAUCAUCAUAAUGACAAUGAAUCGGAUAAAAGUCAUUCAGAUACAGAUGAAGAUGAUGAAUAUAUCGAAAAUACAACACAUACAACUAAUUUUGAUUUACAACUACCGAAAAAAAUGACACGUUUACUCAAUAAUCGUUAUCGACCAAUAGCAAGAAAUGAUCAACGAUUUAGACCAAAACCUAUUGCACCACGUUUAUGUCAUACAUCAGUUGAUUUAAAUGAAAAACUUGGAUCACCAAUAAUUUAUGUUAAUGGUGAUGGUAAUUCUCAUCAAAUAAAAUCUGUUAUAACAAAUUCUAAUCAAACAUUAAAAAUUGUACGUCGAUGGAAUGAUGUUCAACGACGUAAUAGACUUCGAACAAAUAAUUUAAAAUUACUUAAUGAAACAACAUCUGAUUGUGCAGAUGAAAAUUCUGUUUUUUGUCCUGAUGAUUCAUCACCACCACGUUCAAACGAUAGUAAUAGUAAUCAUGAUAUAAAAGAAGAAGAAGAAGAAGAUUCAACAAUAAUUCGAUCAAAAAUAACUUUAGCUCAACCAGCUAAUUUAUUACCAAUUUAUAAAAGUUCAACAAAAAAUAUUGUCAGAAAAAAUGAAGUCACUUUUGAUCGACUCACUCGUGAUAUUCAAUAUGCAGUGAGUGAAGCAAAUACUUUAUCAACAACACCUAAAACAAUAGAUCAACAAAAUAUGAAACGAACUCAAAAAACAAAUUUUUCGCCAUAUUUGACAAAAAUUGCACUUCGUCCUCUUCCUGUACUUUUACCCAAACCUGCCGGUGUUGGAUAUAAGAUUUUCAAAUCUAAAGAUCCACCUAUUUCAACAUCGAUGACGACGACAACAACAACUACGACUAGUAGUGAUCUUUCGAAUAUUAUCCUUACACCAUCAUCAUCAUCUUCUUACUUGAUGGCAAUGAUGAACAAUCAACAGCACCAAUGA